AUGGCUGUAGAAGAAAAUUCAUUUUCAAUUGGUAUUGACUUGGGAACUACCUUCUCUUCUGUUGCUUAUUAUGACCCUGUUAAAGGGGAACCUGUUGUACUUCAAGAUGAAUCAGGAAAAGAACAAGUAGCAUCAUGGAUUAGUAUUUCACAAUUCGAUAAGAGUGGUUAUACGCUUAUAGGAAGUAAUGCUAAAAGUGAUAUUAAUACUGAAUGUGCUAUUUAUGACUCUAAGAGAAUAAUAGGAAGAGAUGAAAGUGAUGUUAGUUAUGAUGAUCGUGAACAUUGGCCAUUUAAAAUAAAAGGAAAAGAUAAUGGAAGUGCUUAUAUUCAACAAUGCCCAAUAUCAAAUGUUGUUGUUACUGUUCCAGUUGAUUUUAAUGAUAGACAAAGAGAGGCAACAUUAUUAGCAUGUAAAUUAGCAGGAAUUAAGAAUGUUGAACUUGCUAAUGAACCAACAGCGGCUAUUGCUGGAUAUAAAAGAGAAAAUCCAAAUUCAUUAAAAAAUGGAGAUAAAGUUGUAUUAAUUGAUUUUGGAGGAGGAACAUUAGAUGUGUCAUGUUGUAAAAUAGUAAAUGAUAAUAUUAUUGUAGAAUCAUCUGGAGGAAAUCAAAAUUUAGGAGGAAAUGAUUUUGAUAAUGUAAUGACUGAUAUUAUUAAAGAAAGAAUAGAAGACGGUAUUCCAGGAUAUUAUGAAAAGAAACAAGGAAUGACUCAAAAAGAAAAGAUAGCACUCAACAAGAAAUUAGUUAGAUUAAAGAAAGAAUCAGAAAAAAUUAAAAUUGAAUUAAGUGGUAAAACUGACUCUGAAUUAGAUUUAGAAUUUUUAUUAUCUGAUAAUAAUGAUGAGAUUCUCAUUGAACCUACUAUUACAAGAAAAGAAUUUGAAGAAGAAUGUAAAAGUAGAGGACUAUAUGAAGAAUUUAUUAAUAAAAUAAAACAAGUUACUCAAAAAAAAGGAUAUAAAAAAGGAAAUGUCCAAUUAGUAUUAUUAAUUGGUGGAACAUGUAAAAUGCCAAAAAUUAUAGAUGAAGUUGCUAGUUUAUUUGAUAGACAAACAUUUGCUGAUAAGAAUUUUAACCCACUUACUGCUGUUGCAAAAGGUGCUGCUUAUUUAGCAUAUUCAAAACAAAGUGAAUGUGUUGGUCAUAAAAUUGUAUACGAUAUUGUUCCAACACCAAUUGGAAUAGAAAUAAUAGGAGGAAUAUUUGAAAUACUUAUUAAAGAAGGAGAAACACUUCCUACAACGGGAGCCACCAAACAAUAUUAUACAACGAAAGAUAACCAAACAUCUGCUAAAUUUAAUAUUUAUAAAGGAUUUGGUAAAUACAUUAGUUCGAUAGGAAUGGAAUUCAUUACUACACUUCGUGUUGAUGGAAUUCCCAGUGGAAAAGCUGGAGAACAAUCAUUUGAAUUUACAAUUAAAGUUAAUGAAAAUGGAAUGAUGGAAAUUAGUGCUUCUGUUGUUGGAAGUGAUAUUAAAAAAGAUUUAAUUGUUAGUGUUGAUUUAUCUAAAAAAGAAGAAGGUGAAAUUGCAAAAUUAAUGGAACACUUUCAAACAUUUUAUUAA